AACAGGAAAAACGUAUCAGCAGGAGCACAGAUGUGUUGGAGUAUUUAGGGGAGGAGCGCAAACUGAAGUGUAUUUAUAUCUGCUCAAGACUGAAGUCUCAGCUUCACUCUGCACAUAGCUGAGGAGGAAUCGAGGCACCACCUUCAUCAUGUCUUAUUAUGAGCACAUCCUGUUUGAGUACGACUACAAUGACACAGCCUCGGGUUCUGGUUCUGGAGACCUGGGGGUGGACCUGGAGGAGCCUUGUGGUCUGGCACACAUGGCGACUGCUGAGCUUCAGCGUGUCUUCCUGCCCAUAGUGUACGCGCUCAUCUUCACAGUGGGCAUCACUGGAAACGGCCUGGUCGUCAUUGUGCUGGGCUGUCAGCGCAGGUCCAAAUGCAGCCUCACGGACCGGUACCGGCUGCACCUCUCAGCGGCUGACCUGCUCUUUGUUCUGGCGCUGCCCUUUUGGGCUGUGGAUGCAGCUCUGGCAGACUGGCGGUUUGGGUUGGCCACCUGUGUCGGUGUGCACGUAAUCUACACGGUUAACCUUUACGGCAGCGUCCUCAUCCUGGCCUUCAUCAGUCUGGAUCGGUACUUGGCGGUGGUCCGGGCCACAGACACAAACACCGGCGGCCUGAGGCAGUUGCUGGCACACAGAUUAGUGUACGUAGGUACCUGGCUGCCUGCCGGUCUAUUGGCGGUGCCCGACUUGAUAUUUGCACGAACCCAAGAAGGCGCCGAGGGCACAACUCUUUGCCAGCGAUUCUACCCCGUGGAGAGCGCUCCUCUCUGGGUGGCAGUCUUCCACCUCCAGCUGGUCUUGGUGGGUCUGGUCAUACCAGGUCUGGUUCUGCUGGUGUGUUACUGUGUGAUCGUCACCAGACUGACUCGAGGCCCGCUGGGAGGCCAGAGGCAGAAGCGGCGAGCGGUCAGGACCACCAUCGCACUGGUGUUGUGCUUCUUCGUGUGCUGGCUCCCAUACGGGGCCGGCAUCUCUGUGGACGCCCUGCUGCGCCUUGAGGUGCUGCCCAGGAGCUGCGGCCUGGAGGCUGGGCUGGGGGUGUGGCUGGCGGUGGCUGAGCCCAUGGCGUUUGCCCACUGCUGCCUGAACCCGCUGCUAUACGCCUUCCUGGGGGCAGGGUUCAAGAGUUCAGCACGUAGAGCCCUCACUCUGAACCGGGCCUCCAGUUUGAAGGUUUUACCGCGACGACGUAAUGGAGCCUCAACGACCACAGAGUCAGAAUCCUCCAGUUUACAUUCCAGCUAGUGUGUGUGUGUGUGUGUGUGUGUGUGUGUGUGUGUGUGUGUGUGUGUGUGUGUGUGUGUGUGUGUGUGUGUGUGUGUGUGUGUGUGUGUGUGUGUGUGUGUGUGUCAGUCUGCUGGACCAGCGUUUGUCCUCUCCCUCAUAGUGGAGGUUCUCUGUAAAUAGUUAUUGAAAUCAUUUUUGGUGCUGUUGUGUUCUUCUGUUCCAAAUGUUUGUAAUAAAAUAUUCAAAAUAUUCUG